ACUUCUCAUCAUACACACACACACAUAUAUAUAUAUAUAUAUAUUUUCUUCCAUAGCCAAAACACACAUUCCAAGCUCCAAACACCGUGGGAGAGAUGGAUUGUUCAACUACUCCAACAAUUAGCAUAAGUCCCACAUCGAAUCUCAAGCCUUCCGAUAUCGAAAACCACCCGAAAAUCGUCGUCGACGACGCGUCGCUCCUCGAGCCAAAAACAAGCCUCCCGGCGCAAUUCCGAUGGCCUCAUGAGAACUUAGUCGACAUUGCGCAAGAAGAAUUCGACGAACAACCAGUGGACUUAAAGGGCAUCUUCGAAGGAGACACGGGAGAAAUCCGUUACGCGGCUCAACAAAUUAACGUCGCGUGUUCGAACCACGGUGUCUUCCAAGUCAUCAAUCAUGGGAUCGACGACGACGUGAUUCAAUCCAUGUAUCGACAUAUGGACGCGUUCUUCAACCUCCCUUUGGACCGUAAGAUGGCCACGAAAAGUGAGACGGGCGUGCGAUGUGGAUAUUCUCGCGCCCACGCUGAUAGAUUUUCUUCGAAGCUCCCAUGGAAGGAGACAUUCUCUUUUAUCUAUAACCACGAAGAUUUCUUGGGGCGUGAUGUUGUCGACUACAUCAAGUCUUCCCUUGGCGAAGAAUUCGAAGAAGCCGGGGUUGCUUAUAAAAAAUAUUGCAAAGAAAUGAAAGCAUUAGCUAUGGUCAUCUUCGAGCUCUUGGCUAUAAGCUUGGGCGUCGAUAGGCUACACUUCAAGAAUUUUUUCGAAGAUGGUUGCUCCCUAAUGAGAGGAAACAAUUACCCGCCGUGCCAAGAAGCCGGGCUUACAUUUGGGACGGGGCCUCAUUUUGAUCCAAACGCAUUGACAAUUCUCCAUCAAGAUCAAGUUGGGGGGCUCGAGAUCUUUUCGGACAACAAAUGGCGCGCCAUUCGACCUCGCCCCGAUGCCUUUGUUGUCAACAUUGGGGACACUUUCAUGGCACUGUGCAAUGGCAAAUACAAGAGCUGCAUGCACAGGGCAUUGGUGAACAAAGAGAGGGCUCGCAGAUCUCUCGUGUUUUUUGUGAACCCUAAAGAGGACAAAGUUGUGAGUCCCCCACAGGAUCUGCUGCAGCUCGACGACGACAUUAAUUAUAAUCAUAAUAAUGGCGACACUGAGACACCACGACGACGACGACGACAAUAUCCUGAUUUUACGUGGUCGGAAUUCAGGCACUUCACACUUUAUCACUACCGGGCAGACACCGCUACUCUCCCCAACUUUUUCCAAUUUCGAUCUUCGAAUUCUCUGCAAAUUAACACGCCCGUGUCGUCGUCUGCUUCAGAUUCCGAUUCAAAUUCAAAUUCAAAUUCAAAUUCACCCAUUUAGACAAAUUAUUAAUUCGUGAAUUCUAUUUCUAUAUAUGUGUAUGUAUAUAUGUUCUGUUUCUUGGAUGCUUGCUUGC